AUGGUGACUGUGGCAGAACUUUCAUCCAAUUGUGGUGUCGAUGAUGUCAUACAUGAUAAAAUAAUGACUCUUGGAAGUGGUGUCCCUGUGCAUUCAGUAUCUAUUCAACAGUGUGUAGGAAAGAUGUUUUUUAAGAAACUAUGCUUAUUUCCUUUCCUUCCACCAUUGGAAGUUAAAACCAAGUUUUAUAAUUCAGAGAUGAAUGACUUAUUUCUUGAAGUCCAGAUUGAGAAUAUUUCAUCUUCAAUUGUUUUUAUACAAAAGGUGUCCUUAGAGCCAUCUGAAAUGUACACUGGGGAAGAAUUAAGUACUGUCAAUCAGGCUGGAGAAGAUGAGUGUACCUUUGGAACAAGAAAAUUUUUGCAGUCAAUGGAAGGACGCCAAUAUUUAUACCACUUUCAGAUCAAGCAGGAAUUUUCAGAAAAAUAUGGUGUCAUUAGGGGACUAACAAAAAUGGGAAAAUUGGGUAUAGUGUGGAAAAGAAAUCUAGGUGAAAUGGCGAUGCUCCAGACAAUCCAACUUGAAAGAGAAGCUCCAGGUUAUGGAAACAUGAGGCUGUCCUUGGAGACAAUCCCAGAUACUGUAAUUCUAGAAGAGCCUUUUAUUAUUACCUGUAAGAUAACAAACUACAGUGACAGAAAAAUGAAAUUGGUUCUGAAGAUGUAUGAUACAGAUUCUAUUCAUUGGUGUGGAAAUUCAGGAAGGUAUCUUGGUAAGCUGGCUUCAACUUCAUCACUCCGUGUUACCAUGACACUACUGUCCUUAAAAAUGGGCCUUCAAAGUGUCUCUGGCAUACGGAUAAAGGACCAAUUAUUAAAGAAAACCUAUGUCUGUGAUGAUGUUGCAAAAGUCUAUGUAAUAUGUUCCACUGUUAAAAUGAAAAGCUGA